AAGUGUUACCUUCAGAUGUCACCUCCAUCAGACAAAGUUGGCAGAUUGCGUCAUUAAUGAUAUCAGGUCUCCUUUUAGCGUUCAGGUUAAAUUUUAAAUAUUUCAAUUAGAUUUGACACCACAUCUUCCACCUUGUUGGUCAACUCUCCUACCGUCACAUUCAUUUCAUGUGAUAAGGCUACUCUGUGUGGAGUUUUUUAAUUGAUGAACUUGGGCAACACCACUGAUAAAUGAAGUCACAUUGACUGUCUUUCAGAGUCAGACUGACCAUCAGCAGAACAGAGAGAAAUCCUGCCCGAUGAAAUAGUUUUAAAAGUUUUUACUGUCCUUGGCGUGCAGGCAGGCAGGCAGGACACAGCACAAACUCGACAGGAGUGGAAACAAUAUCCUGCUCCUGGCUAGCUGGCACACAAGUUGAUAACACAGGGGGACUGGGUAACCACGGUGCAGUGCCUGGGGACCAGCUGCAGAUCUGAGGCCAGCACCUUGUCCAGGGGCAAUAGCAGUCUGUGGUUGUUCAGUUUAUGGUUGUCAACUGCUUGAUAACUUUGAGGAGCCAGUGAGACAACACGAGUAGAGGAUGAGUGAGCAGCAGAUUGUGGAGGACUUCACGGUGCACACGGCAACAGUGAUGUACAGGUUAGCUGUCCCAGUUAAGAAGAGAUCCAGCCUCGUAGGACGGAAAACCCAGAGUUAAACCUGAAGUUACCUCGAUCACCACGUAUCCUGCUUCGUGGUACAGGCCUCAGGUCUCUGCAGUGGUGAACAGGUGAUUUAGCGCCGCCAGUCUCAAGCAGGUGUCCAACAUGGCGAUCACGGGGAGCGGAUCUCUCGCUGUUUCUCUCUUUGUUUUCGUGAUUUCAGCUGCGUUUCUUCUCAAAGGAGCUGCUGAAACCGUGACAGUCGACGGUCAGAACCUGGCAACUGACAAUGUGUCGGUGAUCGAGGGGGAGACGGCCACCAUCAGCUGCAGAGUGAAGGACAACGACGACUCCGUCAUCCAGCUGCUCAACCCCAGCAGGCAGACCAUCUACUUCAAAGAUGUUAGACCUCUGAAGGACAGCCGGUUCCAGCUGGUGAAUUUCUCUGACAACGAACUGCGGGUGUCUCUGUCCAAUGUGUCACUCUCUGAUGAGGGACGCUAUGUGUGCCAGCUCUACACAGAUCCUCCCCAGGAAGCCUACGCAGACAUCACUGUCCUGGUCCCGCCAGGCAGUCCAAUCAUUGAGAGCCGCGAGGAUGUGGUCAGUGAGGGGAAUGAGACGGAGCUCACCUGCACAGCCAUGGGCAGUAAGCCAGCUGCCGCCAUCAGAUGGAUGAAAGGGGAGGAAGAACUGACAGGAGAGACAACAGCUGAGGAGACGUAUGACAGGAUGUUUACUGUCACCAGCCGGGUAACAUUUUCUGUCACCAAAGAAGAUGAUGGAGUACCAGUGGACUGCAUCAUUGACCACCCAGCUGUGAAGGACCUCCUGGCUCAAAGACACUUGGAAGUGCUAUAUAAACCAGAAGUGAAGAUUGUGGUGACAUAUCCUGAAGGUUUAACCAGAGAAGGUGACAGUCUAGAUUUGACGUGUAUCGCAGAAGGAAAACCACAUCCCCAUCAGAUCAACUGGCUGAGGGUAGACGAGGAUGUGCCGUCUCAUGCUGUGGUCACUGGCUCUGAUCUCUACAUCGAGAACCUCAACAAGUCCUACAACGGCACCUAUCGCUGCGUAGCGUCCAAUGCUGUGGGAGAGGCCUUUGACGACUACAUCCUCUAUGUGUAUGAUGCUCCCACUACUAUCCCCACACCCACCACCAAUCCAGUCAACACGCAAGACUCCAGAGCCGGUGAAGGGGCACAGCAGAAAAUUGACCAUGCUGUCAUUGGAGGAGUGGUUGCCGUGGUGAUGUUUGCCAUCCUCUGUGCACUCAUUGUUCUUGGUCGAUACUUUGCCAGACACAAAGGAACUUACUUCACGCACGAGGCCAAAGGGGCGGACGAUGCAGCCGAUGCAGACACGGCCAUCAUCAACGCGGAGGGGGGACACAACAACACAGAUGAAAAGAAGGAGUACUAUAUCUGAACUGGACAGGCCAGGAGAGACGGGUGGGAAUGCUGCUGGUGAUGGUGGUGCUGUGGGAGCAUUAUGUCUAACUCUGAUUGGUUACGAGACGGCUUGAGGGCAGGGAGGGUGAGAUUUAAAGAGGAAGAGAGAAAAGUGGAAAGUAGGACUGCCGUGGCCGAGUGGUAAUAAGAGGCGUUGCUGAGUCUCCUAUCCGAACCCCUCCUGGACUGCUGGGGCCUAUUCUGUACAGUUCAAUUAUUUUACAGACAAUUUUGUGCCUUGUUCUAUUUCUUUUGUUUAUUGUGUUGUUUACUUUCCCUGUCACAUGCUUGUUGGAUUGGAUUUCUUUCCAUGUACUCCACCUGAAUUUGGUUUUUCGGAGGAGAUUAAAUGGUCCUGGUGUUUGUCUACUGUAUGUGCGCAGCAGCUAGCUUUUAGCUCGUACCCAGAUCUGAGGGGCCAGCUUAUCCGCACCAUUUUCUUUCUUUUUUUCUUUUUAAUUUUGAGCAGUCUCCAGAUUUCAGUAACUGGAAGACGGUGUGAACACCUUUUUUUCCAACAGAGGGUCAAAGUGAGGACACACUCAGCCUCCAAGGCCACUGUGUUGAUGACUAAUGUAACAGUUGUGAGUAAUCAUGGUAAAUUUAGAAUGUAUUUGUUCCUGACAGUGAAGUAAGAGUGCUGUUAAGUCUUUAUUUCACACCACAUCGCAAAGUACAACCGCUCCCUCGCUGGAUUGAAGAAAACAUAUUUGACAGUUAGGUGUGAGGUCAGUUUAGCGUUUGUUUAUGGUAUUGUGAAGUACAGUCUGAGACAUUCUGACAGCUGUAAUGUGCCAUGAUAUGGAAUUAAAAUUUCUAUAGAGAAA